GUACAGCUUGGGUGUACAGAAUUAAGGGCCAAAAGAUAUAUCUCAGACGGGUUUUGCACAUCAAUGAAAGCCAUAAAGGAAGUUGUGUGCGCAGGAAACUGUUUACCUAUUAGAGACAUACCAUGGUAUGCUGAAUUUAUCAAAUAUUGGUCACGUGAUAAAUAUCGAGACUUUCAGUGCGAAGAGGACGUUGUGAGGCGUAAAAAAGUUCGUUUACUGUGUCAAAAUGGAGAAUACAGAAGUUACAAAAUUAAAGUUGUGAAAAGCUGUAAGUGUAAAAGAAUGAGGAGCAUUCACAAUAAAACGACG